UGCUGGCGCGGAUCGAACUCGCCGGGCGCCGCCUCUCCCCCUCGCCGGCCCCGCGCCUUUCCGCCGCGUUACGUAACGGAGCCGCGGUCGCUUGCAGGGGCGAUGUCUGAGAAGCUGCGAAGAUGCAGGAAGGAGCUGACGGCGGCCAUUGACCGGGCCUUCGAAGGGGCCAGUCAGCCCCCGGAGUGUGCGGGCCCCCGGUCGGGGCCGGGGCUGGAGCCGGACACGGCUCCGCUCCCCUUCUCGCUGCCCGCGCACCGGCUGCUCUGCAGGAGGCACCCGCCGGGGGCCCCGGGCGCCCCCGAGAACGAGAGCCCCGCCUUUGCGCCCAGCCAUGCCCCGCUGCACGCAAAGCCCCAAGCCCUGUGCCCCCCAAGGAAACCGCUGAGCAGCAAGGAAAACGUGUUGAUGCACUCCUCUGUUCUGACGCCCGAGAGGCAGUUUUGGAGAGCCCCGGGCGAGGGGGAGAACUGGAGGAAAGACAGCCUCAGAAAAGAUAUGGAUAAAGAUUUGAAGGUUGACUCAAAUAUGCCCCUCGGCAGUUCUAGUCAAGAAGUCACGAAGGAUCUGCUUGAUAUGAUCGACCAUACAAGUAUACGAACUAUUGAAGAACUGGCUGGGAAACUUGAAUUUGAAAACGAGUUGAACCGUGUGUGUGGCCGCUGUGAAGACUCUCCCUUCAAGGAGGAGGCGUGGGCACUGCUGGUGGACGAGAGUCCGCAGAAGAUCUCAGAGCUGAAGCCGGGUAGCCUCAAGCGGACCUUUGACGAUCACAACAUUGUGGAGACUGUGCUGGACUUAGAAGAAGACUACAGUCUGAUGACCCCUUUUAAGUACCAAAUUGAGUAAGGGCUGUGGGCUCAGCUGGGGUUCCUGGCAGCAGAGUGGCUGGGCCUCUGUAAAUAAAUGGUUGGGGGGUUGUUGCAAAGGGUUGUCGGGAUCUGAAUUCUCUCCCUUUUCACUUCCAGUUGAGGCCCCUUUAUAACCAAGGGCCCAGUUUGUUUAUUCUGUUACUUUGAAAUGUUUCUUAAUAUUGA